AUGGCACGAUCAAAAAAAGCAAUAAAACAGCAAAAGGCAAAUAGGCGAAGAGGUAGUGGUACCAAAAAAGCACCGACGAAACGAUUAAAUGCUUCAGGAAAUGAACAAAGUUCAGCAUUGAACGAUCAAACCUCAGCAUCGACUUCUUCUGGUUCUCCUGUAAUGACGAAUUUUGUUCCAUCAACUUCAUUUAAAAUUGUCAAACCUUACAAUUAUGUCGGAAAAUGUCCGUUAACUCGUUUUGGUGUCUAUGGAAUUAUUGAAGAAUUUGGCAUUCCAUUGUGUCCAGAUGAAAGUCAAACAUCGACACAUUUACUUCGGUAUCAUUUAGUCAAUGUUCAUCGAAUGAACUAUGAAUGUGCAAAAAAAUUAAUAUUAGCUCUGAUGAAUAAAGCGGAUGUAAAUGAACUUGUUUUUAAGAAAGAUGAUCAUGUUGCCAUAUCAAAUUUAAAAUAUACAUGCCCAUUAUCAUCAAAAGAUAGUUUAUUAUUUAAAGAUCAUCCAUUAUGGAGAAAUUGUCCCUGUUUAAUUGGAAAUGAAGGGUGUAUAGAUAAAUUAAGACCGAACGAAUUAAAAAAACAUAUGCGAUUACAUCAUAAUAUUGAAGAUGAAGCAAGUUUACAGUAUAUAUUAACAAAUUCACCAGAUUUUCUCCAAUAG